AUGAACAUAGUGGGAAAGCUCAAUUUAAUGAUACCUUGGAGCAUAUUCUUGAUUCAUUUUCUGCUGUUCUUUUUGCAAGGAUCAUAUUGCAAGUUCUCUCUUUUGAAAAGAACUUCAAGAACUGAGUUUAAUGCAGCUCGACAGAAAAGAGAUCUCUUCRCAGCAGAGGACCACGCUGCCUCCCCUCGGUCUCGCCUUCGCCGGGCCUUUACCCGGAGUCCUCCAGGUUCUUGUCCUCAGGGGUGCCUUAAUGGAGCAGUUUGUACGGAGGCAGGGGAAUGUGAUUGUCAGAUAUUUCAGGCUCAAGGAAACAGGUGCCAAAUUGUACCUAACAGUGGUAAGGACCGAGAUGGGAUUUGCAAGUCAUGGGGACAGUAUCAUUUUGAAACAUUUGAUGGCAUCUACUACUACUUCCCUGGAAAUUGCUCCUACAUUUUUGCAAAGGACUGCAGUACUCCAGAACCCCAGUACACUGUUUGGGUUCAUAACAGUCCUCACUGUUACGGUUCAGUAUAUUCUUGUCUGAGGACAAUCAGCUUAUUUUUUUCAAACCAAGAAGAGAUAAUAAUUUCAGGACAUGAAGUAAGAAAGGAAGGACUUAGAUUAGCUUUGCCUCAGACAGUUGGAAAUGUUUUCCUUGAGAGACUGGCUGACUACAUUCUGGUGAAAACUACCUUUGGUUUUUCACUCGCUUGGGAUGGAAGCUCUGGUAUUUAUAUCAAGCUGACAGAAGAUCAUAAGGGGAAACCUUGUGGCCUCUGCGGAAAUUUUAAUGGCAAUAAAUUUGAUGACCUGAGACUGCAAAAUAAUAAAUAUACAGAAGACAUUGCUGAAUUUGCAAACAGCUGGAUUGUGCAAACCCCGUAUGAAACAGCUUGUGUUCCUACUGCCUCAGAUUUUUCCAGCCCCUGUCCAGCUGAUGCAGAAUCCACUGAGGACAUAUUCUUCAAGUGCCAAAUAUUUCUACAGUUUCCUUUUCUCAGCUGCCAUGAAAGCAUAGACCCAUAUUCGUAUAUUUCUAGCUGUAUGAAUGAUCUUUGCAGAAUGGAUGAUGAUGAGACAUAUUGCAGAGCAGUGACAGAGUACGCUAGAGCGUGCUCGCACGCCGGGGCCCCUGUGCGCGACUGGAGGGAUGACUUCCCAGCCUGUACUGAAAAGUGUGAAGACAGCUUCGUGCACCGUGAUUGUAUCAGCUGUUGUCCACCAACCUGCACCUUUGAAAAGGAUUGUCUUGGAAGCAAUCUGCAUUGCUUAGAUGGCUGUUACUGUCCAGAUGGUCUCAUUUUGGAAAAUGGAACUUGUAUCUCUGUGUCAAAUUGUCCUUGUGUUUAUCAUGGAACAGCCUUCCCUGUAGGCUCAAAAAUUGAACAAGAAUGUAGCAAUUGUGUUUGCAUUGGUGGCAUUUGGAACUGCACAGAUCAUGAUUGCCCAGCUGAGUGCUCCGUCACAGGUAACUCUCAUUUCACAACAUUUGAUGGUCGUCAUUUCACCUUUCUUGGGAUUUGCCAGUACAUUUUGGUAAAAGGCACCGGGAAAAACAAAUUCACAAUCACUUUACAGAAGGCACCUUGUGGACCCAACUUUGACCAUGCCUGCAUUGAGUCUGUAACACUAGUUCUUGAAGACGAUGCAAGCAAACAAGUAACUCUUGCAAGAUAUGGUCAAGUCCAAAACGGCCUUAAUCAAGGUUUUAACCUCAAUGGGGCUGUUGAAAUUCAGAACAUAUCUUCUCUGUUUGUCCAACUAAAAACCAGCUUUGGUUUGAAGAUACUUUUUGCUAAAGAUGGAGAGAGGCUCUACAUUCAAGUUGAUGUCAGCUGGAAGAGAAGAACAUUGGGACUAUGUGGAACUUACAAUGGGAAUUUAAGAGAUGAUUUUCUUUCUCCAGCAGGGAUGAUAGAAGGGACCCCCCAGCUUCAUGCCAGUGCGUGGAAAGUUUCCUCAGCUUGUUCAGUGCCUAUCAACAUUCCUGUGGUUGACCCCUGUAAUGUUAAUCAACAAAAUGUUGGGUAUGCAUCUCACUGCGAUAUCAUCAAUCAAGAACUCUUUGCUCCCUGCCAUGCCUACAUCAGCCCAGGGUUAUAUUACCAGCUGUGCCGGUUUGAUGCAUGCAAAUGUGGAAGCAGCUGUUUGUGCAAUGCUCUUGCACACUAUGCUCAUGUCUGUGGCAAGCAUGGAAUUGCUAUUGACUUCAGGUCUCACAUUUCUUACUGCGCUGUGCUGUGUCACAACGGUAUGCUCUACCACCAGUGCUCGUCCUUUUGUAAACACUCCUGUGCUUCCCUUUCUGCGGCAAAUAGCUGCGGCGAUGACUGUGCUGAAGGAUGUAACUGUCCUGAGGGGAAAUAUUUUGAAGAGUCGGUCAACUUUUGUUUAUCAAUAUCUGCCUGUAAUUGUCAUUACAAGGGCAAAGCCUUCCAGCCUGGAGAAAUCCUCCUCACGUCAACAGGUUCCUGCCAGUGUUUGAAUGGAACAAUGAAAUGUAUUGAAGCCASUACAGAAAAUACAGUUCACGUUUGCCCUGAAGGCAAAAUCUACUAUGACUGCAGAUCUCCUGUGCCUGGACUACCAGCAGCUGGCGCAAACUGCGGCGUCUCCUGUGCCAACCUUGCCAUGAACUUCUCCUGCGUCCCCUCACCACCUUGUGCAAGUGGCUGCAUUUGCCCACCAGGGAUGGCAGAACAUAGAGGGAAAUGUUAUAUUCCGGACAGUUGUCCAUGCACCUGGAAAGACAGGGAAUUUCUGUCAGGAGAAGUGAUAGCUACACCUUGUUACACCUGUGUUUGUCGGAGAGGGGUAUUCAAUUGCACAAGUUAUCCUUGUCCUGCUGUAUGCACUAUUUAUGGAGAUCGACAUUAUUACACAUUUGAUGGACUGGAGUAUGAUUAUGUCAGUGACUGCCAAGCUUAUUUGCUAAAGAGCACAGAUAACUCAAAUGUAUCUAUAAUUGCUCRGAACAAGAAGUGCUUUGACAACAAUAUUGUUUGCUCAAAGAGUGUUUUCAUCACUGUCGGAGACACUGAGAUUUAUUUUAGCGAACCUUCUGAGAAGCAGAAGACCUUAAGGAGACAGGAAAGCAGAUCUAACUAUCAGCUUUGGAAGGCUGGAUAUUAUACCGUGAUACACUUUCCAGAACAGGACAUUACGAUUUUGUGGGAUAAGAAGACAACAAUACAUGUUAAAGUUGGACCUCGAUGGAAGGGUAGACUGGCAGGUUUGUGUGGAAAUUUUGACAAAUACACUUCAAAUGAUUUGACUACAUCAAACAACAUGGAGGUGAGAAAUGCACAGGUGUUUGGAGACAGCUGGGUGUUAGGACCGUGCAAGAGCCCAAACGAAACACUAAGACCAUGUGAGGUGCAUCAGAGCAAGUUCCCUUAUGCCAAAAAGGAAUGCUCAAUUUUAUACAGUGAUGUUUUUGCACCUUGUCGCAAUGUGAUUGAUGUCACUUCUUUUGUCAAAAAUUGUCAUACAGAUACGUGUAACUGCAAUCUUGGAGGGGACUGUGAAUGCUUGUGCACCAGCAUUGCAGCUUAYGCUCACAAGUGUUGCCAGCAAGGAGCUGCAAUUCACUGGCGGUCUCCUGCGCUCUGUGCUUAUGACUGUGAAUAUUACAAUCAAGGGCUUGGCGAAGGACCGUAUAUUUUAGCAAGUUAUGGGCAGAAUGAUACCAUUAUAGGAGCUAACAUAUCCAGCAGAAGGAUAUUUCCCUUACCUAGAGCUGGAGCAUAUGGAAAUGCAUUUUUUAGCUUCAUGAUAACUCCAGGACUUUUCAAAGAUAAAGAUCUGUCUCUUUCUCUUGUUUCCCUCGAGUCUGCGGAAAGACCAAACUACUUUCUGUAUGUGUACGAGGACGAGAGCGUUGGGCUGGAGCAGUGGCAAGCAGGCGCCGCCUUUCGGAGACAAGCCUCCUUCUUCCACCACCAAGGCCUCUGGAGAGCAGGCUUCAGUGCCUUCGAAAUGCACAGUAAAAAGGGCUUUUUCAUCAUUCUCACACCAUCCGGUGUUAAAGUUGCCAAGUAUGAUAAUUCAGAAGAAUUCAAGCAUUUAAGCAGCUUUAGUAUUGAAGAACUCAGUGCUUCUGUGCCUUACAGAAGGAUUUGUGAAUGGAGAUACGAACCUUGUGCUAAUCCCUGUUUUAAAACAUGUAGUGAUCCUGAAGGAAUAGCRUGCAAAUUUCUUCCUCCGGUUGAAGGAUGCUUGCCAUACUGUCCCAAAAACAUGAUCCUUGAUGAGGUCACACUUAAAUGUGUUUAUCCAGAAGAUUGCAUACCUGUGAAACCYACGGAAUCAACAGCUGGAACAAAAUUUUCCUCACUAACCUCUCACACAGUUGCGACCUUGGAGAGAUUUCCUCAGACACCUCCUGUAUUUGUUGCUAUGGGGGCUGGGCCAACUCCUGCCAAGAUAACCUUGAAGACAGAUGUAACUCCAAGAGGAAUGAAUAUGUCAGCACAGUCCAAUACAGACUUUUUUUCAUUGGAGUCAUCUAAUGAUGCCACCUACUCAACAGUCACAUUACCAAAGUCCACAGAGUUGCAAAAUGGAACUGUGACAAAUUUAUCUCAUUCUAGCAGUGAGAUGGCUCUGCCUCCCCCCUCAAAGCAAGCACAAACUUCUCUGGCAAGCACAGAAGCAAUCACAGUUAGAGCUGACCAGGGUUCCUUUGGUGCAGUGAUGCUUACAUCCUCUGAAUGUGUGCCUAGGUACCUUGAACCUCUUGACAAAUGUAGCCAGUAUCUGUGUGUUAAUAUGGGUUGGAUGUUAUACAACCUUUCAAAGAACUGCAGAAGAGAUGUGCAGAAGCCAGACUGUGGAUUCCGAGGAAUGCCAUUCCAAGUUAACACUGAUAGCUGUUGCCCCGAAUGGGAAUGUCCCUGUCAGUGUUCUGUACUGUCUGAACUGAGUGUCAUUACAUUUGAUGGGAACAACAUAGCCCUUUGCAAUGUGGCUUCCUACAUUUUAGUCAAGCUACCAGGAGAAAUUAUUAUCGCUCAUAUUGAAAAAUGUCCAGCUAAUCAAAGUGCAAAUUCAAUAAGAAAGCUAGUUCCCCCUUCAAGCACUUCUGGACUCUGCUUUAAGAAAUUAAAUGUUACAACAUCUACAAAUAAAUUACUUAUCAACCGUUUAGCAAGAAGGGUAGUAGUGGAUUCUGUAAUUCAGUCAUUACCAUUUUCAAAACAAGGACUGAGUAUUCAGGAUACUGGUGCAAUGUAUGUUGUCAACACGCCAGCUGGUGUUAGCAUCAAGUGGGCUCAUGUUACAGGCAUCAUAGAUAUCCAGUAUGGACUGCAUUCUAACACAUCAGUGAAGACAGAAGGACUUUGCGGGGUGUGCAAUGGAGACCCUAGUGAUGAUUUGAAAAUACAAAACAGGACCGUAAUUACAAAUAUGGAGGAAAUUGAAGAGUUCAUUAAGAGCUGGGAAAUUGAGAAAUCRGUUGAUGCAACAACCAGGAGGCCAGUAAGAGACUGCGCUGAAGAUAACUGCACAUACUGUAUGGAACUGUUAAAUAGAAGCAUUUUCUUCCCUUGUCACAAGAAAGUUUCGCCACGGGAGUUUUGUGAGAAGAUGUGGAUCAACAGUACCUAUUUYUGGAAUUAUGAGUGUGAUGCACUUUCUGCAUAUGUGGCUUUGUGCAACAAGCAUAAUAUCUGCAUUAAAUGGAGGACACCUGAUUACUGCUCAUUGAGUUGUCCUGAUGGCAAGGAAUACCAGCCUUGUGUGCAACCCUGUGAAGCCAAGACAUGCUUGAAUAAGUGGUUUUAUGAAGAUUCUCCCUGUUCCUAUUUAAGAGAAGACUGUGUGUGUGAAAAUGGGACUAUUCUGCAUAGAACAGACUCUGAUCUCUGUAUACCAGAAGAAAAAUGCACAUGUACAGAUAACAAAGGACAACCCCACUCCGCUGGGGAGAUUUGGAAUGAGUCCACAAAAGGCUGCUGCAUGUACAAAUGCCUAGAAAAUGGAAGUGUCAUUGCAGUAGAGCCCGAAUGUGACRAGGAUCCAUCACCAAUCUGCGAAAGAGAAGGGGAAGUUAUUGUCCACAUCCUUGAAGAGAAGGCUUGCUGUCCAAAAAAAGUUUGUGAGUGUAACAUGUCAUUGUGUGAGGCUGUUAUUCCAACAUGCAAAACCAGUGAAAAAAUGGUUGUUAGCUACCAUGCCCUAUCCUGCUGUCCACAGUACCGAUGUGAAUGUGAUCCUUCAGUUUGUGUGAAUGCUUCCCAGCUGGAGUGCAGAGAAGAUCAGUUUAUUGUUGAAGCAAAACAAGAAGUUCCCUGUUGUUUCUCUUACCUCUGUGUUUGUGAAUCCUGUAUCGACCCUGUUCCCUUGUGUAAUGAAGGAGAAAUUCUCACUGUUGACCUUAACACCAUACAUUACUGUUGUCCUCGUUACUACUGUGUCUGUGAUGAAAACCUUUGUUCUGAGCCUCCUAUGAACUGCACGGAUGACAUGACACUUGUGAAGGAAAAUGUACCUGGGCAGUGUUGUCCAGAAUGGCACUGUGAAUGUAGCUGUGAAAACACUACUUUGCUGACUUGUAAAUUGGGAGAAGUUCAGAAAAUUGAUAGUAGUGUUUCCAGUUCUUGUGGAUGCACUCACUACAUUUGUGAAAAGGAUGAUGUGUGCAUCUUCCAAGACGUAACUGUCCUGAGUCCGGGACAAUCAGUGGUUCAGUAYUUAGAUGGAGACCUUUGCUACACUGUGCAGUGCUUACCAGAGAAAGAUCCGAACACAGGGUACAACGCCGUGCAUUUCACAAUGGUCAACUGUUCUCAGCAGUGUGAAACUCAUCAAAUAUAUAUUCCUUCCUCCAGUCACCAUACUUGCUGUGGUACCUGCCAGAAUGUGUCCUGUUCUUUUCAUUCAGAAAAUGGAACAUUAGUUGUGCAUGAAGAAGGAAGCACUUGGAGCUCCAACUGCACAAACUACAAGUGUGCAAAGACCACAGCAGGGGCUAUGAUACUGGGGUCCAGUGUUAUCUGUCCCCCUUUUAAUGACACUGAGUGUACAAAGAAUGGAGGAACUGUGCAGACAUAUAAUGAUGGCUGCUGCAAGACCUGUAAAAAGGAAGAUAGGAUUUGUCAGAAAAUGACAAUCAGAACAACCAUAAGAAAAAGCGGCUGUAUAAGUCAAAGCCCGGUUAAUGUGGCUUCUUGCGAUGGAAAAUGCCCGUCUGCAACGAUUUUUAAUGUUAAUAUUGACAGCCAUUUAAGAUUCUGUAAAUGUUGUCGAGAAACUGGGACACGCAAUCUGACUGUGCCUCUCUACUGCUCAGGAAAUGGCACUGAAAUCAUGUAUGUCAUUCAGGAGCCUAUAGACUGCUCAUGCCAGUGGAACUGAGUGCUGYUGCGUAUACAGUUUUGUCCGAAGAAUGAAAAUGAGUUUCCUUUCACCAAACUGUAUGCUUUGUCCUUGGAUGGAUAGAGUCUCAUCGAUUAUAUUCAUAAUGUAAUCUUUCACAAAUUUAGUAGAGGUUUUAUUCUACAAAUUUCCUUUUAAAAUAUCGAUGUAUGUAGAAAGAAGUACGUAAAUCCUUUUCAAACAGAAAUAAUUUAGUCAGAAUUCAUUUCUGUCCAGUGCUUUUCUAAUGUGCUCCUUAAAGAUGCCUUAAAGAUGCUCCUUAAAGAUUUAUAUUGUGUUUUUGAGAACYACUGAAUUCAUUUAUAUAUAAAAAAAAGGUUAAACAAACAUUUUUAUCUUGCUGAAAAGCCUAACUUUUAAUGUAAGAUAUUGUCAGACUGGAGUCUGCUUCAACUGGAAUUUGCUGUGAAACGUGAUUACAGUUUGUAAAUACCUUUAGUAAAUUCUCAGAGUAUAAAGUAAAAUA